UUUAAUCAUUACUACUACUGUCGACCUGACAUCGUGACAUGAGGCCGACCUAGGUCCUGUUACGUUCAUUUUUUCGAGGUUAUUUCGAGUUAAAGUCCUCAUUUCCGCUAUCAAGAUGGGGAAAUUAAAAGUGGCCAACCUGCGGUACCUGUCCAGGGAGGACUUCCGAGUAUUGACUGCUGUUGAGAUGGGCAUGAAGAAUCAUGAAUUAGUACCAGGGCCUCUGGUAGCUCAGAUUGCCAAUGUGCGAAGUGGAGGUGUUCACAAGAUACUCCGGGAACUUUGUAAACAGCGGCUGUGCGCAUAUGAGCGUGGCAAACAUUAUGAUGGUUAUAGGCUGACAAACAUGGGUUAUGAUUAUCUUGCCCUUAAGGUAUUGGCUUCACGGGAUGUCAUCGGCUCAGUAGGUAGUCAGAUUGGUGUUGGGAAGGAAUCUGAUAUCUAUGUGGUUGCAGAUAAUCAGAGUAAUCCUUUGUGCAUGAAACUUCAUAGACUGGGUCGGACAUCUUUCCGAAAGCUGAAGGAAAAGCGGGACUACCACAAGCAUCGAAAUCGUGCAUCUUGGUUAUACCUCUCAAGGUUGUCUGCAACCAAAGAGUUUGCAUAUAUGAAAGCUCUGCAUAAUAGAGGUUUUCCUGUCCCUCGUCCAGUAGACUACUCGAGGCAUUGUGUCAUCAUGGAGCUUGUUAACGGAUAUCCACUGUGUAACAUCCAUGAAAUUGAAGAUGUACCACAGCUUUUCAGUGAUUUAAUGGACCUGAUUGUAAAGUUGGCAAAUCAUGGUGUCAUCCAUAGUGACUUCAACGAGUUCAACAUCAUGGUUGAUGAAUCGGCUAACCCUAUAGUCAUUGAUUUUCCGCAGAUGGUUUCUACUUCCCAUGAAAAUGCUAGAAUGUAUUUUGAACGUGAUGUCAAGUGUGUUCAGGACUUUUUCAGGAGGAAAUUUGGUUAUGAAAGUGAACUACAUCCUGAUUUUGACAGAGACAUUGAGAAGGAAUACAGCUUGGAUAAAGAGGUAGCAGCGAGUGGGUAUUCUAGAGAAAUAAAGGAAUUUGAUGAACACUACAGAGAGGAAAAAGCAGAUGAAUGUCAGGAGAAUGAAGACAGUGAAAAUGACAGUGAAGAAAGUGAAGGAGAGGAAGAAUCAGAAUUUCAAGAUGGAAUUCCAGAUGAAGUAGUCUCUGAAAUGAAAGUGCAUGUAGAAACACUUUGCAAAGAUCUGAAAGAAGAUGCAAACAUUAAAAACCUUUGUCCAGAUGAAGAGCAGGAUGAGGAGGAGGAGGAGGUGGCAGAUGAAGCACUUUGUCCACCAGAAGAGGAAGUGGCAGAUAAUAAUAGUGGUAAACAAUCUGUUAAGUCUGGUAGACACUCCAGAAAGAAAAAGGCCAGAGAUACAAAUGAUGAAGCUAGGUUAGCAUUAGUUAGGCAGUUGGCCAAAGCACGGGAAAUACGACAACAGGCCGAGAAAAAUGGGGAAGAAGUGCCCUCUCUCAAUGAUUUAAUCGACGACUCUAUGAGUGACAUUUGCAGCGUGCUGAGUUUUUCUACUACUGCAAGUACUAUUCCUCCUGAAGAAAUUAAGAAGCGCAUGGCCAAAGACCUUGAGAGGAGAGACAAAAAACAAAUUUCUAAAAAGAAUUUAAGAGUUAAGGGGGAAGCAAAUGCAUAUAGACGAAUCAAGAAACAGAAUGAGGAUACCAUAAAGGAAUCGAGUGGCUGGGAUGAAUAUUGAAAGCUUAGUUUUUAUAUAUGUCAUAGAUAAUAGUAAAUUCAUAUUAUACUUUAUCCCAAUAAAAAUUCUUAAUUACU